CCCGCCGGCCCGUGGGCUGGGGCAGAGCUGCCCGCAGGGCCCUGGGCACGGCGGGGCUCAGCCCGCGGCGGGGGGGGGGGAGGCGCACCUCGCUGUGGGGUGAUGCAGAAGACAGCCCUGGGGUUGAUGCUGCCCCAAAGUGAUGAGACUCCAGGGCUUCCCCCUUCCCUAAAUCCAUGCUCCUCCCGGCCUGGGACCCCUGAGGACACCCCCUGGGCUGCCACCGGGAUGGGGGUGAGUGCAGCAGGAGCAAAACCCACUGCCGUCGUGCCCCCCUGCAUGGGGUCUGCCCAACCCCAAAGACGCCAGCUUGCACCAGCCUUCACGCUGGCAGGAGCCGUGCCGAGCCGUGCCGUGCUGUGCCACGGCCCGGAUCAGCCUGGAGCAGGAGGGCGUGAGCAGGGCAGGCCGGUGCGGAGACCCCCGGGGUCUGGCGGCCGGCCGCACUGCCCCCACGCGCACCCCACCUGCGUGGCUCUUCCAGGGGGCAAGCGGGACAGCGACCUGAUCCUGCCCAUCAACUCCUCCCUGAGCGUGACGCUGCACCAGGACCAGCUGAAGACCACCACCACCGUUGCCAUCAGCAGGGACUUCAAGGAGGACCGGCUGUGGCUGAACGGCGAGGAGGCUGAUGUGGGGCAUCCCCGGCUGCAGUCCUGCCUGCGGGAAGUGCGACGCCUGGCCCGGAAGCGCCGCGGCGGCGGCGAGGAGGAGGACGCGGCCCCGCUCAGCCUGACCUACAAGAUCCACAUCGCCACGGAGAACAACUUCCCCACGGCGGCCGGCCUGGCGUCGUCGGCGGCCGGCUACGCCUGCCUGGUGUUCGCCCUGGCUCGGCUCUACGGCGUGGAGGGCGAGCUCUCCGAGGUGGCGCGGCAGGGCUCGGGCAGCGCCUGCCGCAGCAUGUUCGGCGGCUUCGUGCAGUGGCACAAGGGCGAGCGGCCGGACGGGAAGGACAGCGUGGCGCAGCAGGUGGCCCCCGAGACCCACUGGCCGGAGCUGAGGAUCCUCGUGCUGGUGGUCAGCGCCGACAAGAAGCAGGUGGGCAGCACCGCGGGGAUGCAGACCAGCGUGGACACCAGCCCCUUGCUGAAGCACCGCGCGGAGGCCCUGGUGCCGGAGCGCAUCGCCCGCAUGGCGCGGCACAUCCGCGAGCGCGACUUGGAGGGCUUCGGCCAGCUCACCAUGCGCGACAGCAACCAGUUCCACGCCACCUGCCUCGACACCUUCCCCCCCAUCUUCUACCUCAACGACGUCUCGCGCCGCAUCAUCGCCCUGGUCCACCGCUACAACACCCACCACGGCCGCACCAAGGUGGCCUACACUUUUGACGCCGGCCCCAAUGCCGUGAUCUUCGCGCUGGCCGACACCGUGGCGGAGUUCGUGGAGGUGGUGAGACGCAGCUUCCCUCCGGCGCCCAACGGGGACCAGUUCCUGCAAGGGCUGCCGGUCGGCUCGGCCUCGCCGGCGGAGGAGCUGCUCUCGGCCGUGGUCUCGGAGCCGGUGCCGGGGGCCGUUCGGUACAUCCUGCACACCAAGCCCGGCCCCGGCCCCCAGCUCCUGGACGACCCCAGCCAGCACCUCCUGGGGCCAGACGGGCUGCCCCGAGGCAGCGCCUGAGCCCCCCGCCGCCGUGGGGCCGCGCUCCUGGUGACGCUGCGAGGGACGGCUGCGACGCGCGGCGGUUUGGGGGGUCCGGGGGGGGGGCAGCAGGGUCUGGCCCUGCCCUAGCCCCUCCAGGGAGACGGGGCAAGGACCGACUCGGGCUGUGCCCCCGUGGGGCUGCCCCACGGGUUUGGUGCCCUGCGUCCUGGCCCGGGGCAAAGCCGUGGCGAGGCAGGGGCUGCCCCCCCCCCCCGGGCCCUGGUUUUUACUCUUUUGUAAACAAAUAGAGUUUUUUUCCC